AUGGACAAGCAAGAGCAGAUCUUGGUCAUGAAGCUACUGCAAGAUCAAGACGCAAUUAAAAAGGGUCUUUAUGCUUUUGUGAAGCUGCAUACCUUCUGUCGCAUUAAGUUCCCUACUACUGAAGAGAAGGGAGUGCGGGAAUGCACCAAGGCAGUCCAGAAAAGUUAUGUCCUGUUACCAGAGGGUGUGGAUACAGAUGUGUUUGCCAGCAAGUGGCAAUCAAGUUUGAGAGAGAGACUGAGAAUGCUGAGAAACAACUGUCAAAACAGUGCCAAAAAGAAAUUUAUCAGUGACUGGAAGGAGGGGGUUGUGCCCCAAAACUCGGAAGCUAGCCUUGUGACCAACUACCAAGACUAUGUAGAUGAUGACGGAAAGGCGAGGGACAAUAGAAAGGACAACUAUGAUUCCUUCCUCUACUUCAUUGAUCGCAUCUUGCCAUCUGUCAAUGCAGAUGUCACUAAGUAUUAUGGUGAUGCAAGAUGUCAAUUUGGUUUGAGCAAUGCUUUCACUGUCACGGAUGAAGCAUUUGGACUUCUGAUGGUGGAGAACUAUGUGGAACAGUGGAAGGCACUGGCCAAAGAAUGGCCCAGCAGUGACACCACUGAAGAUCAAGGACUGAAAUGCAAACGCAUGUGUUCACUGGGUGGCAGGUACACUGGCAGUGAAAAGGGGAUGGUUGCAGGUGGAUGGGAUAAUGGUGGCAUCAAUCGUUUCAAUGAGUUAGCACAGAUGGACCUGACUUUCUUUUCCGAUGCAGGCAAAUGGAAAUUCCAUGGGAAAAAAGCUGUCGCUCCCGACUUUGAACUCCAAAUUCAAGGUCUUUCAGGUGCUACUGAAUCCUUGCGUUGCCUUGAACCAGAUGACUCGGAACGCACUUUGGGAGUUAUGCUUGCUCCCUUGGAAAACCUUGAGGCCCACAAGGCUCAGAUGGUUGUUUCAACGGCUGCUAAGAAGGCAGGCGGAUCAAAAUCUAAGUCGGGUUCUACCUCCAAAAAGAGCGGAAAGAAACGAUUGGAAAAUGCAUCCUCUGUUGAUUUACGUCAACCUAAAGACAGAGAUCCCAAGAUCUCCAACGAUUCCGGAACUAAAGAAGUGAUCGACACAGUGCGCCCACUGAUUGACUUUGGGCUCUCCACUCAAGAUUUAGUCGCUAUCGGCUAUGACAAGAACUCUACUCAGAUCGAGUUUGGAAAUCACGUUUUUACGAAAUGGAUCGACGACCACAACGCCCGCUGGUCUCAAGCCCUUCCCAGGUUCGAUAGCCCUUUCCAGGACUUCUAUGCUAAGUUCUCGGUCGAAGUUCGAGUCAAUAUGAUUUUCGACGAAUACGAUAACGACUGGCAACGCGUUUUGGGCUUUUUGAUUUCGAUUUUUGAGGAUGACGACAAGAACACGGAAUAUAUCUGGGGAGUGAGAGCGAUCGCUCUACAGGUCGCUCAACAAAUUCCUUUCUCCUUCUUUGAUAUCGGUCUUCUGGGUGAUUCGACAAUUCAACAAGAUGAUUUGUACUUCUGUCGUGACGAUUCUAAUCCUCGCUUACGACAAGAGACACCUUUGGUACAAUUUUGGUUGAUCUGUGCUACAAUGUUCGAUCAUCCUUGGACUAUGAUGUUUGACGAAUUUCUUGAGGUGACUCCUGUACAAUGCAUACAGGAAAUGAAGACUAAAGUCAUCGCGGGCUUUCCGAACGACGCGGUUGACAAAGUUGAAAUCCACAAGGGUGUCAGAAAGAUUUUCGAUCCGGAGUAUGAAGAUUCCGAGGAAGAAGAUGAUUCCAUCGGUGACAAAGAUAAUGGCUUGGUUAACAGGUACGCUCAACCUGACGGGUGGGAUUCAGACGAGACCGGCGAUGACAGCGAAUUUGACAAUAAGACUGACGACGAUGCUGAUGAUGAUGAUGAGGAUGAGGCAUCCGAGGAAUCCGUCAUUAUAGUUGAAAGCACUCGGCCGACAGACAAUGAAUACGGUGGUAGUCGAUCCGGCAGAGGUCACCUCGCUGAGACUCGCACCGUCACUGAUGAAACAGUCUCCGAAUUGACAGGAAACACAGGUGAUGAAUCUGACCCGGAAUUAGCGUCUCCGCCAAGAAAGAAAGGACGCUCCCAACGGGUAUCAAUUGAUGAGCAAGCUACCGAAAUGGACGUGGAUGGAACGGACCUAAGCAUAUGUUCCCGACCCAGUGGAAAGCGGCUGCAUCCGGCGACAAGGUCCACUAAACCUGCUACACAGGAGACGGCAAAAUCGAGGCCUACAACGAACGCUCCUGGAGCUAAACGGAAAUCCCAACGAACUUUGACGCUGGAAGAGCGCCUGGAUGAUUUGCGCAAUGUCGACCUGGAUGGAAUGGAAGGCAGGGCUAUGUUGGUCGAGUUGGGCAUGGUCUACAGCUACU